UAUAUAUAUAUAUAUUAUUUGGUAUGCAUCGGCGGUACAAACACAUAUGUGUAUUGCAUAAUUCCUAAAAGAUUGGUAACAUUCUUCAAUACCUACCCUAUAUUUUUUUUACGGCUACGCAUUUGGGGAAGUUAUAUAAAUCGUCUUCGUGUGCUUUGUGCGUUUUCUCUCUUGGGUGGUCCUUGAACAUUGGUCCAACCUUGUACCGUGCAAUCCAUGCGUUUCAACACACAGCCACAGGGGGUGGAAAAGAUCUAAUCUUUUUCUUUUUUCUUGCCCAUAAAAACCGUUGUUUUUUCUGGUUUUCUACUGAUUCAAUCCAUUCGCCCCAAAAUAAUGGUUUCUGGUAAAGAAAGUUUGGAUUUUUGGCUUACUGCAAUGAGUUUUGAGUGAUUCUGGAGAAAACCCAUCAUGGAUCUCGAACGAGUGAGCGGCAGCAACCCGGUUAAGAAGGAAUCUUGGUGGGCGGUUCUGACCUUGGCUUAUCAGAGCUUGGGGGUCGUCUAUGGCGAUUUAAGCACUUCGCCAUUGUAUGUCUACAAGAGCACUUUCGCAGAAGACAUCCAACACUCGGAGACGAACGAAGAGAUCUUCGGUGUCCUGUCCCUCGUCUUUUGGACGCUAACCUUGAUUCCAUUGGUCAAAUACGUCUUUAUUGUUCUUCUGGCUGAUGAUAAUGGCGAAGGCGGGACCUUUGCUCUCUACUCACUGUUGUGUCGCCAUGCCAGGAUUAGCUCCUUGCCCAAUUGCCAGCUCGCUGACGAGGAGCUGUCUGAGUAUAGAAAUAUUUCUGGGGCAAAUCCGAAGAACAGAAAAGCUCCGGGGUGGGGUUUGAAUUUGAAAUAUACACUCGAGAAGUAUAGCGUUCUGCAAAACAUGUUACUCGUUUUGGCGCUGAUUGGGACUUGUAUGGUCAUCGGCGACGGCGUUCUCACGCCCGCAAUUUCUGUUUUCUCAGCCGUCUCUGGACUAGAGUUAUCCAUGUCAAAGGAGCAUCACCAAUACGUGGAGGUUCCAAUUGCAUGUGGGAUACUGAUACUGUUGUUCUCGCUCCAACAUUACGGGACGCAUCGUGUAGGCUUCUUGUUUGCACCCAUUGUAGUCACUUGGCUUUUCUGCAUAAGCGCCAUUGGAGUGUACAACAUAUUUCACUGGAACCCCCUUGUUUACAAAGCCCUCUCUCCUUAUUACAUCUACAAGUUCCUCAAGAAGACGCGCAAAGGCGGCUGGAUGUCCCUUGGAGGCAUCCUUUUGUGCAUAACAGGCUCGGAAGCAAUGUUUGCUGAUCUUGGUCACUUCUCUCAGUCAUCGAUAAAGAUUGCUUUCACCUUCAUGGUUUACCCAUCUCUGAUUCUUGCAUACAUGGGCCAAGCUGCUUACCUCUCUAAGCACCACAUCAUUGAAAGCGAUUACAGAAUCGGGUUUUACGUUUCCGUCCCUGAGAGAAUAAGAUGGCCGGUUCUGGUAAUCGCCAUACUGGCAGCUGUGGUGGGGAGUCAGGCCAUAAUCACCGGAACUUUCUCCAUCAUCAAGCAAUGCUCGGCUUUAGGCUGUUUCCCGAGGGUCAAAAUCGUCCACACCUCGUCAAAAGUUCACGGCCAGAUUUACAUCCCAGAGAUCAACUGGACUCUCAUGCUCUUGUGCUUGGCCGUCACCAUCGGUUUCCGUGACACCAAACACAUCAGCAAUGCCUCAGGACUGGCGGUUAUAACGGUUAUGCUGGUAACGACCUGCCUGAUGUCACUAGUGAUAGUCUUGUGCUGGCGAAAGAGCAUUUUCCUUGCCAUUGGCUUCAUCUUCUUCUUCGGGACGAUCGAAGCACUCUACUUCUCGGCAUCCCUCAUCAAAUUCCUCGAGGGGGCGUGGGUCCCUAUCGCCCUCUCCUUCAUCUUCCUCGUCAUAAUGUACAUAUGGCACUAUGGGACUCUCAAGAAGUAUGAGUUUGACGUCCAGAACAAAGUAUCCAUCAACUGGAUCUUGACCCUCAGCCCGAACCUUGGCAUUGUCCGUGUCCGUGGCAUCGGUGUGAUCAACACCGAGCUCGUGUCAGGAAUUCCCGCCAUCUUCUCUCACUUUGUCACCAAUCUCCCUGCCUUCCAUCAAGUGGUUGUCUUCCUCUGCGUGAAAUCAGUUCCUGUCCCACACGUCAAACCCGAAGAACGGUUUCUUGUCGGAAGGGUUGGCCCAAAGGAGUACCGUUUCUACCGCUGCAUUGCCCGGUACGGUUACAGGGAUCUUCACAGGGACGACGUUGAGUUUGAGAACGACCUCGUCUGCAGCAUUGCAGAGUUCAUACGAUCAGAGAGACCGCCGGAGAAUUCACCCGACCCGGAUGAAUCAGAGACUGACGAGAGGCUCACGGUGGUCGGAACAUCAUCCUCCAACGUGGAAGGGGUGAGGAUAUGCGAGAAUGGCGGGCCAUCGGAAGCGAUAGAGGGGAUAUCUUCGCCGGAAAACCAGAGGAAAAGGGUGAGAUUUGUGUUGCCGGAGAGUUCAAGAAUAGAGAGGGGGGCGGAGGAGGAGCUGACGGAGCUGAUGGAGGCGCGUGAAGCAGGAAUGGCGUUUAUAAUGGGACAUUCGUACGUGAGGACCAAGAGCGGAUCCAGUUUCAUGAAGAAGAUCGCCAUUAAUCUUGGCUAUGAUUUUAUCAGAAGGAACUCAAGAGGACCUUGUUAUGGUCUCUCCACUCCUCAUGCCUCUACUCUUGAGGUGGGUAUGGUCUAUCUUGUUUGAUUCUAUGCCCUCUUCUUUUAAUGCUUUUGUAUAAGCUUUGAAGUUUUGUAAAUGAUAAGAACAAUUUUCAGGGUUUUUUUUCCUUCUUUUUUUGGGGGAAUUUUA